ACCUCGCCGCCUCUCCACGCGACCCGCUCGACGCAGCCUGCUCCGCCGCCGCAGCCCAAAUGCCCGCCCAGAAGCGCCCGCCCCCGCCACCCUCGCCGCCCCCCUCCGCCGCCGGCUCGCCCCCUCCCGCGUCUCCGCCGCCGCCGACGGCCGAGCCCGCGGAGAAGAAGCCCAAGCUGGAGGAGAACGGCAGCGCCGGCGGCGGCGCCGAAGCCAACGGCAACGCUAACGAUUCCGGCGCGAAGGCGGCGGCGGCGGCGGCGGAAUCGGAGGAGUCUGAGUCGGAGGACGCGGACGCCGCAAAGCAGGAGUUUGUACCAGUAAAAUUGCCGGAUGUACGCAAAGAAGUGCAGUGUCCCAUAUGCUUAGGCAUCAUCCGGAAGACUAGAACAGUUAUGGAAUGCCUGCACCGGUUCUGUAGAGAAUGCAUUGACAAAUCCAUGCGACUUGGGAACAAUGAGUGCCCAGCAUGCCGCACACAUUGUGCCAGUCGGCGUUCUUUGAGAGAUGAUCCGAACUAUGAUGCCUUGAUUGCAGCUCUAUACCCAGAUAUUGACAAAUAUGAAGAAGAGGAGCUAGCGUUCAACGAAGAGGAGAAUGACCGCAAUAAGCAGAUUCAAGCAUCCAUUGCUGAGGCUUUUCGGAAACAAUCAGAAGUUAUUGGGCGGAAGUCUACUGCCAAAGCUACUGCUGCUGCAUUUGUAAGAAGAUCACGCCGUAACAUUCGGCCUAAUGGGCAGAAUACCUAUUUCCGUGGCCGAGGAAGAGCCAAUUCUGAUGAUGUUGCUCUGGCCGGUUCUGAAGAUGAAGAGGAUGGAAACGGUGAAAACUGUAGCAAAGAGGCCUCAUCUGCUGAGGAGAGUUCCCCAGAGAAAAAGCCGAAACGACUGCCAAAAUGGCCAACGCCACGUUCUUCACCUGCCCGAGGAGCAUGCAAUGACGAGGUUGCUUCUGAUGAAAAGGAUGAUGUAGGAAUAUCCAAGGAAAAUUUUAGCACAUCUCCUCUACGAGCAUGGGGAAAGAAUGGCACUCGCAGUCAGACUCGCCACAGUAGCUUCAGUGGUUCAAAUGGUAGGAUGGUCAAGGGUGGGCGCAUGAUCAAGUUGGUUGAGUGCUUACGAAAUUCUGACGACAAUGACGGCGAGCGUGAUGUACAUCUUUGUCUGCUUCCACUUGAUGGACAAACGGCACCAAAUCUGGAGAAGUCAUAUCUGUGUUGCGGCCCAACUCUCUCCAUCAAACAACUUUGUCAGUUUGUUGCCAGUCAGACAUCUCACAAAGAUGAAGAAGUUGAGAUGUAUGCGCUGAAGCCUUCUUACAGCAAUCCUGUCAGCACUAACCCGUCUGGUCUCGACAAAGCAAGGCUAGCAGGGGAGCAACGCCUUUCAGACUUGCGCUCCUCAUUCACAUUUCCUAACGGUGUUCUGGAGCUGGUGUAUGCCAUAAAAGUGGCGAACUAGAUGCUGGAUAAAGGCCAGUUAGUUCAAAUGGAAGUAUUUUGUUUGUACAUAUUGUCAUCGUGAUCCCUUGAUGAAAUGACAGGUUUGGGCUCUUGUAUACAACUGAGAAGGAACAAAAACCUUGGGGGGAGACCAGUUGGUGUAUAAUUAGCUUGUGAGGUGUGAGAUAAAUGUGUGUAGGUCUGUCGACCAGUAGUUUCAGAAGAGUCAGAUUGGCUUCCACAGUUCACCUCGCUGUCAACCCAAAAUUCGGUCUGCACUGCCAGUACUCGGGGAGUUUCUCGGUUGGGUGAAGGCUGAGUUCUCCUCGGGUGGUUAAGUUCUUUUGCUUCCACAAGUUCACCGGUUUCAGCUUUUGGAAUUCAUCCCUUCAUAUUCUUCAGACCGCAGCCAAUCCGUGCUGCGAACGACUUCCCAGAUAUAUAUGUAACAGAAAUCUGAUUUAAAAAAGAUAUGUAACAGAAAUUACUUUUUUUGUC